UUUCACAUUUGGAUCAUCAAAUUCUCUCUAUAAUUGUUCUUCCGUUCAUACCCACAUCGAAAGAUUUGAUCUUUUUUUCCAUUUAAUGGAAAUUACUUCGUUUCCAUUUCUUAAUCAAGACGAGUUCUUACCCAUCUCCAAUUUCUUCUCAGAAAUGGAUAAUUUCAGUGUGAAUCAGAGCCCCAAAAAGCGGCGGAGACCCACCGACAACGGCGACGACGGCAGCGGCAAUGGCGGAAAUGAUUUACUAAACCAUCCCUUCUGGGUUGAAAACAGAGACGAACAGAGAGAGCAUUGGGUUAUGGAUUCCGACGAAUUCCAAGUACUUUCGAAAAAACCCCGCCGUGGAACGCCGCAAAAUGAUAAUUCUUCACCGGCUAAAGGCGGCGCCGGAGCUCAUCAGCGGAGGCUUUGGGUGAAGAACCGAUCGAAGGAUUGGUGGGACCAAUGCAACCACCCGGAUUUUCCCGAUGAGGAAUUCCGACGGGCGUUCAGAAUGAGCAAAGCGACAUUCGAUAUGAUCUGUAGGGAAUUAGACUCAACUGUUAUGAAAAAGGACACGAUGCUUCGGGUGGCGAUUCCCGUCCGGCAGCGGGUCGCCGUGUGUAUAUGGCGGUUGGCCACCGGCGAGCCGCUCCGAUUGGUGUCGAAACGGUUUGGGCUAGGAAUCUCGACGUGCCAUAAAUUAGUCCUGGAGGUUUGUUCUGCAAUUCGUAAGGUUUUAAUGCCGAAAUUCCUGCAGUGGCCGGAGGAGUCAAAAUUAACGAAGAUCAAGCAAGAAUUCGAGUCGAUUUCAGGGAUUCCCAAAGUGGGUGGCGCAAUUUACACGACCCAUAUCCCAAUAAUCGCACCCAAAAACAGCGUCGCCGCUUAUUUCAACAAACGCCACACAGAACGCAACCAAAAAACUUCAUAUUCCAUCACCGUUCAAGGCGUUGUCGAUCCCGCCGGCGUGUUCACCGACGUCUGUAUCGGGUGGCCGGGAUCGAUGCCGGACGAUCAUGUUCUUGAAAAAUCAGCCCUUUUCGAAAGGGCAAACAUGGGGCUUUUGAACGACGUGUUCAUCGUCGGAAAUUCAGGGUACCCAUUAAUGGAUUGGCUUUUGGUGCCUUAUACGUUACAGAAUUUGACAUGGACACAGCACGCUUUCAAUGAGAAGGUUGGCGAGAUUCAGGCGGCGGCGAAGGCGGCGUUUGGACGGCUGAAGGGGCGGUGGACUUGCCUGCAGAAGAGGACUGAGGUGAAGCUGCAGGAGCUGCCGGUGGUGCUGGGAGCUUGUUGUGUUCUUCAUAAUAUAUGCGAGAUGAGGAAAGAAAGGUUCGAUUCUGAGCUGAAAUUUGAGGUUUUUGAUGAUGAAAUGGUGCCGGAGAGUAAUGGGGUCAGGUCUGUGAGUGCCAUUCAGGGUAGAGACCAUAUUGCUCAUAAUCUUCUGCACCAUGGGCUCGCCGGCACUGGGUUUCUUUAGGGAGUUUGAACAUUGAUGAAGAACCUAUAAUUUUUUUAAAAUAUUUACAUAAAUUCCGUGAUUUUGAAAGUAUACUUGUAAUUUGGUGGAACUUUUUUCAUCGGUGGUUAGUGAUAGCUUUACUAUACAUAAAGGGACGUUUUGAA